AUGGUGGUGCAUCUCCUGUGGAUCAUCAACCAAUCCGGCCAACUCAUCACCAAGACGGCCUUCACGAGCCCGGACAACAUCGGCGAGCUCGGGGCCAAUCCGGAUAUGCAGUUGACCCUAUCCAGCGUUCUCUUCUCCACCUGCGGUAUGUCGCAGCAACUGACACCGAACGCUGACCCGCUCGACAGCGCCUGCAUGACCCUGAUCGAGUGCAAGGAGCACCACAUCCACGUCUACGAGACGCCGACCUCCGUGAAGUUUGUGCUCGUUUCCGACAACCGCACGAUGGAGUGCAGAGACCUGUUCAAGGAGCUCCACGCCCUGUACGCGGAGUUUGCGACCAAGAAUCCAUUUCACACGGUGGAUGAUGCCGGUAUUGGCCAACCCAUUCGCAUUCCUGCGUUCACUGAAGCUAUCCGGGCAACGGUGGCCAAGUAUCAGCGUGUAUGA